GCACCGUUGUUUGCCUUGCUUUUUGAAAUGAGCUCUAACAGCAGGCGGACACCUACUUGGGACUACUAUGAAGUAGCGUAGUUAGCUGUCAACAAACUAAAGUAGCCAUAUUUCGACAAUUUGAAACUAUUUUCACGUAUUAAGAGCAACAUGCGUCGACACCAGACUUGAGAUUUAACGGAGAAAUGUUCCAGCUUUUCUGAGUAUUUUGGACCGAAGAGGAAUUCUCCGACAUUAUUUCUUGUAUUGUUGACUUACUCGCUCGGUAACUAGCUCCGUUAGCCAGAGAGCGUAUUGAAUUGAACGAGCUCGGCCGCUAACGGCAGUGUCGCUCCGCUCGCUACCUCUCUGUUAGUCCCUUCUCUCAGGCACCAGCCGCCGGAACAGCCGUUCGGUGCCUUCACAAGUCCUCAGCAUGGCUGACAGCAGCAUACUGACUUUGGGGACAGCCCGGAGUCUGUUGGUGGACACUUCGGUCUACGAUUCGAGGAUCGCAGAAACCACCAAGGACCAUGUAUUUCUGGGCAUGUCAUGUGACGACGGGGAAGAUAUGCUGCCAAAAGUGGAGACGAGGGUUGUUCUUGUGGGAGCAGCGAGCAGAAAUGGAGCUCUGGUCAAAGCACUGCAGGCCAUCAGAGUAAUGGAGGUACCGGUGGUAAAGAUAAGAGAAGGCGAGGCGGGCGCCGAGGAGAAAAUGAUGAUAAAAUCUAUAGUCAAUAUGGACAUCAACAGCUCGUGCAUCAUGACGGACAACGUCGAGGAGUUUGGCGAUGGCGAGAACACGGAUUUCGAGACGGUGUUCGUCCUCACGGACUUCGAUUCUUCCGACUACAACUACCUCUACAAACGCGACAACCGCAUCGUGGGGCCUCCCGUCGUGCUGCACUGUGCUGCCAGGCAGGAAUCUCUCCAGUUUUCCUGUCGUCCUCUCUACUGCACCACAAUGCUGAACCUGUCGCUGUGUUUCACCGGCUUCAGGAACAAAGAGGAAGUGAAGAACUUGGUGAAUCUGGUUCAUCACAUGGGUGGAACCAUCCGGAAAGACUUCUCCACCAAGGUUACUCAUCUCAUCGCUUACUCCACUCAUGGAGAGAAAUACAGGCUGGCAGUGUGCAUGGGGACGCCCAUUCUGACGCCAUCGUGGAUUCACAAGGCUUGGGAGAGGAGAGAUGAAGUGCACUUUUACGCAGAAGAAGAGGCGUUUCGAACAGAGUUCAAAGUUCCUCCGUUCCAGGACUGCGUCCUCAGCUUUCUGGGCUUUUCAGAUGAAGAGAAGGCCAACAUGGAGGAGAGGACUCUGAAGCACGGUGGCAGUUAUCUUGAGGUUGGAGAUGAGAGGUGUACACACAUGGUGGUGGAGGAAAACUCAGUAAAGGAGCUGCCGUUUUCUCCCAAGAAACUCUAUGUGGUCAAACAGGAGUGGUUCUGGGGCAGCAUUCAGAUGGACGCUCGGGCCGGAGAGUCCAUGUACUUCUAUGAGAAGAACGACAGCCCAGCCAUGAAGAAGGCAGUGUCCCUCCUGUCCCUCAGCACGCCUAACAGCAACCGCAAGCGUCGGCGUCUCCGGGACACGCUGGCUCAGUUCACCAGGGAGACGGAGAUCUCCCCCUUCCCUCCGCCACGCAAAAGGCCGUCAGCAGAGCACUGCUUGUCCAUCAGUUCUCUGCUGGACAUCUCUAAUACCCCUGAGACAUGCAAGGCCUUGGCAGAAGACAGAGUAGGAAAGAGUUCAGAGAGCAAAGCAGACAGUACUGUGACCAGGGAUAGGAUGAGAAGAAGGAAUACCAGGGAAAGGAGGAUAAGGACAGACAGGGGAGAGAGGAGCAGAAGGGCCUCCCGGGGGACAAGUACUCGGCAACCACCUGAGGAGCAGCAACCAGGAACUUCUACAGAGAGUUCAAAGCCAUCCAAGAGCUCCACUCCGGUUCUGUCCAAGCAGUCAGCCAGGUGGCAGGUCUCCAAGGAGCUCUACCAGACAGAGAGCAACUAUGUGGACAUUUUAAGCACCAUCCUACAGCUUUUCAAGCUUCCAUUGGAGAAAGAGGAGCAGGUGGGUGGAGCCAUCCUGGCCCAAGAAGAAAUGAAGACAAUAUUUGGCAGCAUCCAAGAAAUCUACGAGGUUCACACUAAGAUAAAGAGUAACCUUGAGGAGCUGCUGAGAGACUGGUCCGAGGACAGGAGUGUAGGAGAUAUCAUUCUCAAAUAUUCUAAGGAGCUGGUAAAGGCCUACCCACCCUUCGUCAACUUCUUUGAAAUGAGCAAGGAGACAAUUGUCCGUUGUGAGAAACAAAAGCCACGCUUCCACGCUUUUCUCAAGAUCAACCAGGCCAAGCCAGAGUGUGGCAGGCAGACGCUGGUGGAGCUGCUCAUCAGACCCGUACAGAGACUGCCCAGUGUGGCUCUUCUUCUUAACGACAUAAAGAAGCAUACGUCGGACGACAACCCAGACAAGAUAACGCUGGAGAAAGCGAUCGAGUCUCUGAAAGAAGUCAUGACUCACAUCAAUGAGGACAAGAGGAAGACUGAAGGACAGAAGCAGAUCUUUGAUGUCGUCUAUGAAGUAGAUGGCUGUCCUGCCAACUUGCUGUCGUCCCAUCGCAGCCUGGUCCACCGGGUAGAAACGAUUGCCCUGGGAGACCGGCCCUGUGACCGGGGAGAGCAUGUCACACUCUUCCUCUUCAACGACUGCCUGGAGAUCGCGAGGAAGCGGCACAAGGUGAUCAAUACAUUUAAGAGUCCGCUGGGACAGACGAGACCACCGCCUCCGUUCAAACACAUCACACUGAUGCCGCUGUCCCAGAUCCGCAAAGUGCUGGACCUGCAGGACACAGAGGACUGUGUGAAUGCGUUCGCCUUGGUGGUUCGCCCUCCAACCGAACAGGAGAACUUGUUGUUCAGCUUCCAACUGGCCGGGGAGGAAACGGUUAAAAGCGCCUGGCUGCGAACUCUGUGCCGCCAAGUCGCCGACACCAUCUGCAAGGCUGAUGCGGAAGACCUGAUUCAGAGCACAGACCCAGACUCGCUACAGGUCAGCACCAAGGAUAUGGGCAGCACCCUGAGCAAAGCCUCCAGGGCCAUCAAGAAGACCUCUAAAAAGGUCACCAGGGCCUUUUCCUUCACCAAGACCCCCAAGCGUGUGAUCCAGAGGGCGUUCAUGGCCAACAGUACUCCAGAUGAGAAAAGCCAGAGGUUGAGUUGUGAGAACCGCAUCGGCAGCAGCUCCACGCUGGCUAUGUCUCGCUCUACCUCCACGUUCAGUUUGAGUGACUCCACCAAGAGCAGUGUUGUGGUGCAGCGCUCAAACUCUCUGGACCAUCCUCCGCUCAGAGCCAGGGUCCCAGUCUGUAUACGCACCCCCAGCAGCCCAGCCCCAAACCCUGCCCACAGCCCCCGCCCCGAGUUUAACGAAAGCCUCCGCCCCGUCUAUUGCCUUAGUGCCCAAGAACCCAAGUCCAUCCUUCAUGCUCCAUUAUUGUCCCAACCAGCACCAGCUAAUUCAGGCCCCUACUCCUCCCAACAGUCCACUUCAACUCGUUCCACCUCCACCUUGAUUCCAGCUCUCCGAAACUCCAUUCAGUUAAAAAACUCCCUACCUAAAUCUAGCCACCCCGUGUCCAGACACCUACCCUCAGUUGGGUUCCAGACAAGGUUCCUGGCUCCUCCACUUGGUAAUGUCAAAGGCAGGACCUUGUCUGAGUCAUGCGGGGAUCCCCAAGCCCCCUUGGACCCACCCAAGGCUGCCCUGACCAGUCCGCGCAGGGAGACUCUGCUCUGAACCUCAGUCCUGGAGUCUGACGUGAGCAAACUUAUCACUGUGGUCUAGUUUUAACUCCGGGUGCACCAAUACCAUUUUCAAUUUCAUAUUAAUCCUCACCACCUGCUGAUUACUCUGCGUUGGCCUUUUAACAUCCAAAUACCACAGGUGCAUUUCUACUCCCAAAUCAACUCCUUAAAAGCUGAGACCCUUCGACAGAUAUGGAUCGGAUUAAUGACCGUCUGCUGUACAGCUGAACUCUGAACUCCAAUAAUUAGAUGGGGGAGGGGGUGUAAUGCUUCUCUCCACUUGAGUGUGUGCAGGGCAGAGAUUUUAAGGGUUGAUUUGGAAUCGCUCUUCUCCUCUGAAUCACCUGGGUUACUAACUGAUGGUGGUGGCUGGGAAUGUUCACGAGGUGGGUGCUAUUAAUUGUGGGCUGUACACAAAAGGCUGUAAUGGAGCUGACUUAGUGUAGAGCUGGGACAUAAAAGAGGCAGAAGCCUGCUUUCCCUCGGGGGGGGGGGGGGGCUACACUGUCGCAUAUAGAAUAUUUCAUUUUACUGUCAGGUUUUAAACAUGACUGUUUAUUUCAGGGAAAUCCAUAUUCAUUAUAAAGGGUCGGUCUGAUUAAUAACCAUCCACUUAAAAAGUGUUACGAAGUUAAAGUCUCAGCAGCUUCUUCAGAAACAACUUGAGGGACUGGUGUUAGUUGGAGAUGAUAUCAAGAGUACAGAUGAAAACGUCACGGUAUGCCGCUCCCCUCAGCCAUCUAACCCGUUCCCAGUUAAUUGGCCAGAGCUCUACCAGUCUGAAAGCUAUUCAUGCCUGUGACAUGGGGUUCAAGCAUACACCUAAUGACAGUGUCAUCUAUUUGCAGAUCAUUAAACCAUUUCACAAUGAAACCAUAAAUAAGCCUUUUCAUUCCAACGAACAUAACGGUGAACGGUAAAAGGGUCAUUGUGCUAGUGUUCAACUCAAGUUGUUGUGUUUGGCGAAUAGGGGCAACGAUGUCUGCAGUGUUCUCCCUCCAGUACGGAGCCAAUUCCAAUCACUAAAUGGGCUGCAAUGCAUUCGCUCGGUGUGACAAAUUGCGAGCUUUGUGUCUUCUUCUCUCGAGAUGAACCACGUGUUUUGUGUGCGACGUUACUGUCUGUGCUGCUGCGUGCAACAUUAAAACUAUGUGUGUCAAUGAGCAGCAUAACAUCUGAAAUAUGAGACGGACCUGGCAGUCAUGGCCGAUCAGCUGCCAAUCUGUCGGAUUUGGUCAUAAACUGACACAUGAAAGAUUUCAGUCUGAAGACUCGAGACCCGAAGUUACGGGUUUACCAAAGUUGGGACCAUUUUAGGACAAUCCAGCCAAUACUCUUUUAGUUUGGACCAAAGAACCCUUCAGACAGACAGACCCUCCCUUGAGCCAUGUCAUGAGCAGGAAGAAUAAUUUCUUCAAUUGACUUGAAUGUUGUAGAUUGAGGCAAAGAAAAUGGUCACAAACCCCCAUUGUGUCCAUCCAUCAGGACGAGUCAAAGUCAGUCCAGACACAUCCCCGUGUGUGUGUCUGUGUGUGUGUGUGAGUGAGAGAGUGUGAUGUCAGUGUUGUGAUCAGCUCCUAUUAAUCCGCUCCAAUAAAACCCACAUCUGGGUGAACCUCAGUGUUGGGAGCGAGAACACCUUUGCAUGACGCUGGUAAUAUGUCAGUGGAGGCGUGGCCGAUCUGUUGGUGUGUGUUUGAGUGUGUGCGCCGGCUGAGGUGAAAAUUUAGACGCUUUUAUGCCCACUCACACAAGUCAAGAGCGCAUUAGCAUGCCAGCGCGGUUCUGGCAGGUGUCUAAAGACCAGGACUACCCUGGACCUGGUCUCCCCUCCAAGUGGAAACCAGAUCAUUCAGCCCAGUGUUCUUGAAGCACUCUAGCACUUCUCUCUGAGGUGUAAUCUGACCAUUCAUACACAGAGGGAGGGGAGGGGGGAGGGGGGUUGAAAGCUAGGUGGAAAGCUACUGAAGUGCGUUUGUUUUGGCAGAGGUUGCCCAUCUUAUUGAGUUCAGUGCCAAAGUUUGUCUUUGAAGGCAGAGAAACGCUAGUAACAGCAUUUGUCUUUGUGCACUCUGUAAUUAAAAUGAGGCUGGAGCACAUUAACAGACUAAUUCUUCACACACACACUCAAAAUUAAGGCCAUAUUAAAUCCAUUUACAUGUUUUCCAGAUUACAUUGUAUUUUAUUUUUUUAAAGUUAACAUUUUUCCCAUUUCAGAAACAAAUGUAUAUGCUGGAUGACUCAAAUUUGAGCAAUUCAAAACAUUUAAUAUUCAAAAUGUUAGUAAUAUCACAGAAGAAUGAAUCAAAUUCCGACUGAUGGCAGUCGUGUGGAUGUUGCUCAGGAUUCUUAAUUGAAACCCGGAGCCGGAGCGGCUUCUGUUCAUGCAACCAUUUCUAUACACUGCGUCCACUUUUUGACGAAUUCCACUGUUGAAUUAAUUUCCAUUCUCAAAGUCUGACUCCAUCCGUGUGUUCCACAUGGUAGAGAUUACAAGGUCCCACAUGACACGCUGUGGCUUUUACUGGCAGGACUAAUGGCUGCUGGUAUGGAACUAUAUGGUAAAUGGCUGAGUGAACACUUAACACACACACACACACACACACACUGGUGCUUUCUUCUUCCAAAUAUAACACCAUGUCCUCCCGCUAACAGCUUAUUCAAGGUUAUCUAAAGGAUACUUUAGUAAAUCAAAACAUAUAGCCUCUAUAUCUUUUCAGUGUUUGCUUUCGGUUAUUAAAACAUACAUUGUCCACCAAAGUCAUUUCUGAGAUCUGGAAACACCGUAACACUAAUGAAAUCUGAUGGUGCAACAAACAUGAGCAGCCAGACCACCGGAUGUCAUCACGGCCACUCUAUGAAGCAAAAGUGCUGAAAUAUCGGUGUGGCAUUUGUGUACAAACUAGUCCCAUCCCAUUCAAAGUGGAUUGGCAUUCAAACGCAGAGCUUUAGUGGACACGCAGCUUGGGAAGUACGUUCAGCUUUGUUUGUUCUGGCUGCUCAUGUUUUUGUAGUCGCGAUGUCACGGUCAAGUUUGAAUCCACCCUGGUGAUCCUUUAACCACACGGCUGGGUGCUUUCUCACCUCUCCUUCAAUACCGCCGUAUUUCUGUGUCUCAUAGUCCGUCUGUUUUCUAU